AAGCGAAGCUCAGAAGAAGAGAGCGCUAGUUUGCAGCGCGGCUGCUGCUGCUGCUGCGACUGGCCCUGCAUCGCCGCCACCCAGCUUCUUCUGCCGCCCUUUUCUCAUCGCUCCCUAGGGGAAAAUAAACUCAUUUUCAGUUUUCUUUUUUCUUUUUUUUGUGGGGGAGAGAUGCACUUUGGGUCCCUUGUAUGAUGCUGCGCUGAUUACUAUCGUUAAAAUAAUAAUAAUUAGUGCAUGCAAUUGGAAAGGCAAUUAAUUCUUGCCCAACGUCGUCGGGGCUUGAUCGGGCAGCGGCGGCGGAGGAAGGUCUAGCUCCGGCCCGGCCCUCGACCCGCUUCCCCGGCCCUCUCCUCCCCUCCCUCUUGUCUUCAGCUCCGAGAGUCGCCGCGCCACCCGCCCCCCCCCAACCUCCCCGAUGCCGAGGAAUGGAUAGAGCGUCUGCCGCGCGGAGAGGAGCCGAGAGGAUGGUGGAGAAGAAAGAGUGCGCCGCGGGCCGGACGGCAGGGGCAGCGGGGGCCGGAGGAGGGCGCAGCGGCCGAGCCCCCCCGGACGGCCUGGCCUCCGGACGCCCCGGCCGGGCCGGCUGCGCGCUGCAGCAAUGCGGGCAGCUCCAAGACCUCAUCGACAUCUCCCUCUCCAGCCUGCAGGGGCUCCGCACCAAGUGCGCCGCUUCCAACGACCUCACCCAGCAAGAGAUCCGCACUUUGGAGGUGAAACUUGUCCGUUAUAUUGGCACCCAGCUUCAGUGCAAGUUGACUGUCCCCCUGAACGACAGGACAGUGGAGCUGAACAGUUACCCGCGGUUCAGCGACUGGCUGUAUCUUGUCAACGUGAGGAAAGACGUCGUUCAGAGGAUACCGGAGGAGUUGACCCUCGAUGCCUUACUGGAAAUGGACGAGUCGAAAGUGAAAGACACCAUGAAGAGGUGCGGGGCCAGCGCUGAGGAAUGCUCCCGGCUCAACGGGGCUCUCGCCUGCUUGCGGAAAGUGACCCGCACAGGUGGAGAGUACAAAGACGACCUGGUGUGGAAUCUGCCAGACACGCGCCGUGAAGCCAGCUUGAUGCCCCCCUCCGAACUUUCCCCCUGCCCCACCUCGCUCACGUGGACUCACAGCAGCUUGACGUCCCUGAAGGGGAACGGCCCGCAGGCCCGCUCCGUCUCCACGUCCACGCUCCUGUCCUCCUCGGACCAAGGCCCCCCCGGCAGCGCCGACAGCCUGUUGGAGUCAUUUGCUUUCCCCACCCACUGCGGGAGGCGGAACCUCAGGACUCCCCACAGCAUCACCAUCACGCCCCCCACGACGCCACAGCUCAAGAGGGGGAAGCCGCCACGGACUCCCCCACCGCCCAGCCGGAAGGUUUUCCAGCUGCUCCCCAACUUCCCCACCCUCACGAGGAGCAAAUCCCACGAAUCACAGCUUGGCAACAGGAUCGAUGAAGUCCCUACUAUGAAAUUCGAUCUCCCCCAGGGAUCCCCUCAGACGGUACGAAGAGAUAUUGGUUUGUCUGUAACACACAGAUUCUCCGCAAAGUCAUGGCUUUCUCAGGUCUGCCAGGUGUGUCAGAAAAGCAUGAUGUUUGGCGUGAAGUGCAAACACUGCAGAUUAAAGUGUCAUAACAAAUGCACGAAAGAAGCCCCACCUUGUAGAAUAUCUUUCUUACCCAUACCCCGAUUAAGGCGGACAGAGUCCGUGCCUUCUGACAUCAAUAACCCGGUGGACCGACCAUCAGAGCCACAGUUUGGGACUCUUCCGAAAGCUCUAACUAAAAAGGACCACCCACCAGCAAUUAACCACCUCGACUCCAGCAGCAACCCAUCUUCCACGACCUCCUCCACACCGUCUUCCCCAGCCCCCUUCCCAUCUUCCAACCCCCCCAGUGCAACGCCACCCCCAAACCCGUCUCCCAUGGGCCAGCGGGACAGCCGGUUCAACUUCCCAGCUGCCUACUACAUUCAGCAUAGACAACAGUUUAUCUUCCCAGAAAUUCCCAACACCCCCCAAGUAACGCAGCCUUCGGAAACUACUGAAAGCACUAAUGCUGAUGAGCACCUAGAGACGGACGGGGUUGAAGAACGUGAUGUGGAGCAUGUGGAAGACCAAGAACAGAACAAAUCGGAAGCCGAGGACGAUGAAGAUGAGGUUGACGACCUGCCGAAGCGGCGAGACCGCUGGCGGCGAGGGGUGAUGUGCCGGAAUGUCAGCCAGACCAGUGUCUACUUGCAGGAAUGGGACAUCCCCUUUGAGCAGAUCAAGCUGGGCGACCCCAUUGGCCAAGGGCGGUGGGGCAAGGUCUACCGGGGGAAAUGGCACGGGGAGGUGGCCAUCCGGUUGCUGGAAAUCGAUGGGAACAAUCAGGACCACCUGAAACUGUUCAAGAAGGAGGUGAUGAACUACAGACAAACCAGACAUGAGAAUGUGGUGCUUUUCAUGGGGGCCUGCAUGAACCCCCCUCACCUAGCAAUCAUUACUAGCUUCUGCAAAGGAAGAACGCUUCAUUCGUUUGUAAGAGAUCCCAAGAUAUCUUUGGAUAUUAACAAGACCAGGCAGAUCGCCCAGGAGAUCAUUAAGGGCAUGGGGUAUCUCCACGCAAAAGGGAUUGUGCAUAAAGAUCUCAAGUCGAAGAAUGUUUUCUAUGAAAACGGAAAAGUUGUGAUCACAGACUUUGGUCUGUUCGGGAUUUCUGGUGUGGUUCAGGAGGGAAGGCGUGAGAACGAACUGAAACUGCCCCACGACUGGUUGUGCUACCUGGCUCCAGAGAUCGUGCGCGAGAUGGCUCCCGGGAAGGAUGAGGAUAAGCUCCCUUUUUCCAAGGCAGCUGACGUCUAUGCUUUUGGGACCGUGUGGUACGAGCUCCAAGCCAGAGAGUGGCCCUUUAAGAGCCAGCCAGCCGAGGCGUUGAUCUGGCAGAUUGGGAGUGGCGAAGGCAUGAAGCAGGUCCUCUCCACAAGCAGCUUGGGGAAAGAAGUUGGAGAAAUUCUCUCUGCAUGUUGGUCUUUCGACGUCGGUGAGCGUCCCAGCUUCACUCUCUUGAUGGAAAUGCUUGAAAAACUGCCAAAACUCAACCGGAGGCUCUCUCAUCCGGGACAUUUCUGGAAAUCAGCCGACAUUAACAGUAGCAAAGUUGCCAUCCGGUUCGAGCGAUUUGCCUUGGGAGAUUUGGAAUCCAGUAAUCAAAAGAUAUAGCUUGUUGUGUGUUCAUGGUCCUCUCUUCAUCCCCCCCCCCCGGAAAAAAUAUAUAUCUGUGUCACUCACACACCUGGAAGUGAUCAUCGGAGUUCUCUGCAAAGUUUCCCAAAUAAUCGAAGGACCACGGGGAGAUGCACCCCCUCCCAGGCCCCCAGCGAGAUUUCAUUUUGACUUUCUUUACUUUUGCUUCUGACAUCUCGAGUCAGCAUCUUCUUUACUUAAAAAAUGUUUACAUUCUGAUGGACUGUUGUUGUUGUCGUCUUCCCCUUGUGUGAAUUGUAUUUUUCAUGGUUAAUAAUAAGUGUGAUAAAAGGUUUUUUAAUCUUAAAAAACAACAACCCAUUUCCCCUCUCCCUAAAUGUUCAACUGGCACUGUUAAAACAACCUAUGAAUCUUGGUUUCAUCUGUGAAGCAGUGAAGGUUUUCUGUUUUGCCCUGUGGAAAUGUUUGAUCCGUUCAAAAUGAAGUUUGCGCACCCCCUAGGGGCAUGUACCGUAUACAUGCAAAGUGUGAACCGGUUUGGAACUGGUUCAGCCACCUCAGCUUGCUCCCAGAGAAUGCUAGGAACCGUUGCUUUUGUGAAGGUGUGCGGAAGGAAAUCCCAUAUUCCCUUUUGAGAAAUACACUUUCCGAGCCUAAUUUGAGAAUGAUAGCAGAGGCAGAGUUUGAAAGUGGUUUAAAUUUGUGUCGACAAUCCCAUUGUUUUUGUUUUUUGUUUUUUUAAAAUAAGCUUAGCGGCUGCUGAAGCAAAGUGGGAUAGAUUCUAUAUAUUUCUGGGGAGAUCUUCAGGUGUGAAAUGUUUAUGGCAUUCAACACUGUUUAAAUGCAGCGUCAAACCCUGUUUGCUUUCCAGUAGGGGUGGAUUCUUCAGAAAUAUAAUGGCAUUGGGUGAUUGGCAGGUGGGUGGACCUAUCAAAACUGCCCCACGAAGGGGUAGCUGCUUUUGAAUCAGGCCUGCUGGACAAGAGUCGUGUUCCCCCCCCCCUGCCCCCCUGGCAUAGAGGGUAGUAGGUGAUCAUUUUUUACAGCAAGCUUCCUACCUCAUGGUUUUCGGGGGAGGUUUGGGUUUCUUUUGGAGGUAUGUAGGUAGUAUCCAAAGAGCUGGAGACACUAGAAGGGAAUUGAAUAGGACUUUUUUUCUGGAGGGAGCUGUCACUUUCUGCACAGCUACUUGUGUCUCCCCAAUAACCACUAUUUCUAACCCUUUGAGGCAGAGCUGGUCAUUCUGUGGAACUCCAUGUGUUUUUGGGUUUCUGGUGUGUACAAGGGGGUUAUGGUAAGAUUUUUUGUGGGGGGGGGGGGUGGAGAGAGGGGACUUGUUCCAGUGAUCCUCUGAUGCUUUUGUGUAAGCUGGAUGUGGAUAGCCCUUAGUACUCCAGAUGUUUCUGAAUUACAGCUCCCAUCAGCCCCAGUAAGCCCAACAGGCAGGAGUGAUGGGAGUUAUAGUCCAGCAAAACCUGGAGGGCCUGUGUACACCUGGUGUAAAUGAGACACAAUUUCUCAUUCCACUCCUUCCAAAGGAUCCCAGAUGAGGAAUGAUAAAAGAUGGUUGCUGGAGACUGUGUGGGGAGCGGGUCAGAGUUAUGUCUGUCUGCUGAGGGAAAUCUCAAAAGUUUUUGAGGACUUAAAAGUGGUAAUUUAUUAAUGCUGCUGCUUCCCUCUUCCAAAAAAGCAGGGUCUACCCAAGAAGAAUCCCCACUAAUGGCUCCAAUAAGUGUUCAGCCUUUAUUGUUAUUAAGAGCAAUUUCCAAAAUAUGUAGGCCAAGGCAUGGUAAUGGGUCAGUCUUCAGGGUUGGUGGCACAAGCAUUGUCCAAUAGGUCCUUUGUGGCAGGGUAAAGAAAUCUCGCAAGGCAGUUGUUUGUCUUGGUCCUGCCAUUUUCUUAGGAGACUGUGAAGAAGGGGGGAAAGCUCCCUUGAGGCUUUUUCUGUGUGGUGAUAACUUGUUUGGGGUUCGCCCCAAACCGUUGACCACACUCCCAAGGGUUGGAGACGGAAGCCUAUUUCUGUGGGAUAGAACAGUUUUUGUCUUUUUAAAGAAGACAGACUGAAGAGAGCUUAAAUGUGCUACCUUGACACUGAAAGUACUUUUAAAGAAGUACCAUUUAUUGAGCGGGGGGAGAGAGAAGAGUUGCUUCUGGUUCCUGCGAUGCAGUGAAAAGGCAACACCUGCCCAAUACACUUGCGCAGUUGUGGCUUCCCCCAAAGAAUUCUGGGAACUGUAGUUGGUUUAGGGUGCCGAGAGUUGAUAGGAGACCCAUUUUCCCCUCACAGAGCUACGGUCCCCAUCCCUCUUCCCUGGAAACUCUGGAAAUAGUAGCUCUGUGAGAGGAAUAGGGGUCUCCUAACAACUCUCAGCAUUCUUAACUAACAGACUACAGCUCUUAGAUUUCUUUGAGGGAAGCCAUGACAGUUUAAAGUGAUAUGAAACUGCUGUCAUUGUAUAGUGCAGAGGUGCUUAACCCAUGGAAGCUAUAUUGGCUUUGUUGGGUUAACUGUCCCUCUGAGCUCUUCCUCUCAUUAAUGAAAGAUUUGGUUCAGGGAAGCUUGUGCACCCCUAAAGGAAAAGCCUCAACGCUUGGGCCUAGUUCUCAUCAGGGUGUCUGCAUUGUACCACAUUGUGAUGUGGGAUAGGGGUUCAAGUCCUUUAAUGUUGUUCUGUACACAUUCUCUGCACAUAGAAAGUUAGCAUUUCAGGGGAAAAGAAUUCUAACCUUGCCGUGUUCAGUUCUUUAUGAGCAGGGAUUUUGUGUGUGUGUGGUGUGAAUGAGCCAUUCAAUCACCACUACAGACGGACGUGGUACAGACACAUGGCCCAGGCGCAGGUCGAAAACUGAAAGUUGGAGCUCUGGCGGAAAGUGCAAGUUGUUUCUUGUAAGCCACGUAAUAUCCGCAGUGCAACUGAUGGGCCCAAUUUUGGCUGCUUUAUCAGUACUUUACUCUGUAUAGUUAAUGCUAUGUACCCCUCAGUGCACCAAGUCCUUGGAUUAUAAUACAGUGCGCUGCUUUGGUUGCCUUUUCUAAUAAAGAGAGAUCCACUCAUGCUUGCAGGGAAGAAGAGUUGGUUUCAACUUGCCUGGGGUUCAAACACUUGCCACCAACGGGAAGUCUUACCCUAAGGAUUCUUACUAAAUUAUUUUAAUUCCUGUUGCUCUGGGGAACUGUAAACUACCUCCCAGCAUUAAAUUCUCAGUUAGGAUCAUUCUCAGUUUGGCACACCUGAAAUUAAUAAAACUGCAAAGGAAGAGGUAGCUAUUCAACAUGCAUCAAACAUCGCCCUGAGUGCCUAAGAGCAGGGCAUGAUGGGAAUAUCUCACUUUAUUCCCAGCAUCUGGGAAAGUACUUGCCUAACUAGGGGUGACUAACCUGUGGCCUUUCAGGUGUCGCUGGACCCCAGCUCCUAUUUGCUCCAGCCAACAUGGCCAAUAGAGGUGAUUUCAGUCUGGAGUUCAGCAACAUCUGAUAGCCCAAAGAUCAGCCAUCCCUCGAGAGAGAAAGAGAGACUGUCUUUAUAGUCAUUCGUAGCUCUGUUCUCCAUAAAUCUGGCCUAACCCUUUCCCCUACAGCUAUUUAAGCUUUAAAACGUGUGAUUGUUUUCAGACUGAGGGCCACAUUUCCUCCUUUACAACUUUCUGCGGGCCACAUGCCAGCAGUGGGCGGGGCCAGAGGCAAACAUGGGCGAACCAAUGAUUGCACAGUAGGCUAAUUUCAGCAUGCUGACACCCCCCUUUCUGUCCUCCAUUCAGACAAGCACGUUGCAUUGUCAGUGUGCAAGGAUACGUUGGAGCCAGGCCGAAAUCCUUGGGGAGCGAAGCAGGGCGAGUGAGAGGCAUGACCCAACACUGUUUACAUUGCUGUAAAUCCAGAGUCACUCCACUAAGCCCAGGCGGAAGGCAGGGUGGUGGCAGGGAAUGAAUGGAGUCCUUUCAGCUGUGGCUGUAAUUCACCCACUUACCUAGAGUAAGCCCAGUUGAAUUUGAUGAGACUUACUUUUAAGAGGAAAAAGAAAGAAUUGUACUGUACAGCAUUGCAGCAGGAGCAUUGGGCGGGGGUGGGAGGACAGGAUCUCUGCCCCAGUUUGUUCCUAAUUAUUUUCCUUUUUGUGGUGAUUGUAAGCGAGUGAAUUAGCACUGUGAGGCCGUAUCUUUUUCUCCUUUUUUUGGUGAACCGCAGCUGCACGUUAAGGGUCCCCCUUCCUCAACCGCAACUUUGACGGUGUAUGUAAAAUGAAGUCUGUAAUAUUGGUGAAAAUGGAUGUGUGUUUGGGGUUUUUUCUCCCCCUUUUCAAAUGUAUUGUAAACUUUGUACAGUAAAUAUAUUAUAAAUAUAUAUAUAAAUAAAUAAAUAAAUAUAUAAAUAUAUUUUCUAUCAACUUGAGUUUGGUCUUCCAGAAUGGCUAUUAAUUUAAUUUUAAAAGAAAUGCUUAGUAUUAAGAGAGAGCUCUGAGUUAGUCUGUGCAACUGUUUAAAAAGAGAGAGAGAAAGAGAAAAGAAGUACAUUCUAUGCUAAUGAAAUUCUGGAUAUUUUAGAGUUCUUUUAAGUGAAUAAAAACUUUGCUCUGGAUGAAA